CAGCGGGCCCAUCCCCCUCCCGUCCGGACGGUGGCGGCUCCAGGCGCCAUUGCCAUCUUUCUACUAGCCGAGGGAGGGGUUACAAGUCAGGGUUCCCGGACCGCCGGGCGGGGUCGGGCCGAGGUCUCCAGUCUGGAGGUACGCGGGCCGGGAAGGCCGAGAGGACCGCGGGGGAACAGGCUGAGCGGCGGCCACGGGGCCCCAGGCCCUUCUGUCUGAUAGCCCGGGGUCUCCGUCCCAGCGUUGCCCCCCGCCCGGCCCCGACCCAACGCCGCAGUGGGGGCGUGCACGCCGGGGGAAGGGGACCGUCCGCGGCGCAGGACCGUGUCCCCUCCGCUGCGCCCCCGCGGGGGCCAGGCGCGUGCCUGGGGCAGCAUGGACGCGGGCGCGCGCGCGGGCGGCGGCGGCGGCUCCUCCGGAGGCUCGGCGGCGGCGACGGCGGCAGCAGCGGCGCAGUCCCGGGAAUAUAAGCUGGUGAUGCUGGGCGCCGGGGGCGUGGGCAAGAGCGCCAUGACCAUGCAGUUCAUCAGCCAUCGAUUCCCCGAGGACCACGAUCCCACCAUCGAAGAUGCAUAUAAAAUCCGAAUUCGUAUUGAUGAUGAACCUGCUAAUCUGGAUAUAUUGGAUACAGCUGGACAGGCAGAGUUCACGGCCAUGAGGGACCAAUACAUGAGGGCAGGUGAAGGAUUUAUCAUUUGCUACUCCAUUACGGACCGUCGAAGUUUCCAUGAAGUUCGGGAAUUUAAGCAGCUGAUCUAUCGAGUUCGACGGACAGAUGAUACACCCGUGGUGCUGGUGGGAAACAAGUCUGAUCUGAGACAGCUGCGCCAAGUCACCAAAGAAGAAGGCAUAGCUUUGGCCCGUGAAUUCAGUUGCCCCUUUUUUGAAACUUCAGCUGCAUAUCGGUACUACAUCGAUGAUGUGUUUCAUGCCCUCGUGAGGGAGAUCCGUAGGAAGGAAAAGGAGGCAGUGCUGGCCAUGGAGAAGAAAUCUAAACCCAAAAGCAGUGUGUGGAAAAGACUGAAGUCACCUUUCCGAAAGAAAAAAGAUUCAGUAACUUGAAGGGACAAAUUAAAAUCUUUGUGCCUGUGAACUGCAGCACAUAACCAGAGCAGUCCAGUGACCUGCAGAGCUUGCUCUUCCUCGUUUGGACCAUUGUAUUUUUAGAUAAGGCAGAGAUGAAGGGACAUACCUACUGGGGUUUUCCAAUGAGGUGGUAUUUGGAGUAAUGUCUCCUAGUUUUCAGGCUUAUGAACCCAGUGGGACAGUGCUUCCAUUUUUGUUUUAAAUUGUCACUUUUGAGUUUAAUCCAUAAGUACUCUGAACUCAGUUGUUGGUGUUAAUAUGUUAGCACAAAAUGUCUAUACCCAGGGUGGGGUGUAUCCCUCAUGGGAGCUGCACAAAGCUCCCAAGAGAAUAAUUUUUCUGCUGUGCAAUCUGUAUUGUCUUUCAACUUUCAGUUUCCUGGGGUUGCCCCAAAGGAGGGACCUUUGUCUUUCCUUUUCAUACUCUGCUUUCUAAAAGCAGAGCAGAAAGUCAGCCCAGCCAGGAAACCUAUUCAAGUCAGUGCUAAAGAUCAUCAGAUAGCUGGUGAGCUGACUCAUGUUGCCAUGUGUGAGUUGAAAGACUGAAGGUGGUGAGGACAUUAAGUGUGUGUGCAGGGGCUUGGCUAGAAUAGAUACGUGAGCUAACCCCGAGAUCCUCAUAGCAUACUAAUACAGGCCUCGUUUUCCUAAUACGUGCCCAAAUUGCCAUGUCUACUGGGAUAGGUGAAUACAAACAAAACAAACACAGUGGGGUUUCUCCUGUAGUUCUGAUUUGCUUGGCUUACACAGUUUUGCAUUUCUUUAGCCUCACUGAGGUUAAUACUAUAGAAACCAUCAGAGGAUUGCCAAACCUCAUUAUAUAAAUCCUAAUCCCGCUUACCAUCAUCUUGGUUAGAAAAAAUGUUCAAGAGGCAUAUGGACCAGUACAUAUAUCUGCCUUGCUUGUAAUUAUUUUUUUAAUCCUUCAUUGCUCUCUAAAAAGACAGUAGUGCACUGCCAUGGGGAGGAGCAAAACCUAAAGACAUGAUCUUUUAGGCUCCUCUUCACACUGUUGAGAUCAGGUGAAGUUGUAUGUGUGCCUUCUGGAUAUCCAGAGUCACUAGACUCGGUGCUUAAAAAAAACAACAACUAACAUUUGGAUUUUACCCAGUUGCAGCUGGCAUUAAAGGGGCUGUAUCUUUAAAGUUUUGAGUUCAGUUUAUCCUUGAAUUUCCUCAUGAGAACUGCCUUGCCUGUGUUGAAAUGCCAUCAGUGAUGUCGUUCUCUGUCUUGUCAGUAUUAUUUUGACAAGAGAGCUUAGAAUGUAUAGAGAUGGGAUUCAGAAGUGCUCAAAGUGGGGCAGCUAGGUGGCUCAGUGGAUAGAGCACUGGCCUUGAAAUCAGGAGGACCUGAGUUCAAAUCUGCUAU